AUGCAACACCUCGGCGCUUUGUGCUCCCUCGAUCCGCAGCCCGCCUCGACUGAUAGCCCGAGUUUCGACGUUGUCCUGGUCCAUGGGCGCGGAAUCAAUGCCCAUAAAAUAUGGGCUCCCCUCUGGUCCCAGGAGUGCGUCAAGUUUGGGGAACAGCGGACAAUGAGAGUUUUCGGAUUCGAGUACCGAGACCUCGUCAACAGUAGCUACAGGGUGCAGUCAAUCCGGAUGUCCGCCGAAAAGCUUCUCAAAGACUUAAUCAGCCAAAGAUCGGGCAACACAGAGAUGCGCGCUAUUGUGUUUAUCGGACACAGCACCGGCGGCGUCAUCAUCAAACAAGCCCUGAUUCUUGCUCGACGCGACCCGCGAUUUCGGAACAUCGCCUACUCUGCGUGCGCGACCGUCUUCUUUGCAACCCCACACCGUGGUUAUGAAGAUGUCAUCCCAAGAAUCUUUGAUGCGGACUCCUUGAACCGGCGCGUGGGAAUCAAAACCCCGUUUAGUCUAGUACGUGAGGGUGACAUCAAAAGCCUCAACGACAUCUCAACCGAAUUUCUUGAACUAUACGGUAGCGAUCUUCUGUUUCGAAACUAUGUAGAAAGCAGUCCUCCCGAGGGAUGCAAGAACCGGAUUGUCGAGGAGGACAACGCAAGCCUAGGUUCGCGCUGGCCUGAUGAAAUCAGUGACCAAAACCACUUCCAGAUCUGCACUUUUGUCAAGGCAGGGGAUGGCCCCGAAUGGCUCAAGUUAUUCACCGACCAUGAAUACUUUCGAACAUGGUUCGAUUGGCUAAACAGCCACAGGAAGCUGUGGAUCACCGGUGAGCUUGGCUGCGGGAAGACUUUCCUGGCCGAGCAUAUCAGGUUGCUUGCUCUGAACCAACUCCGGACUGAUCCUUACAAAAGCGACCUCGUAAUUUUUUUCUGGCUCGGCUCUAUGAAGGGGGGUUUGAUCACACCGAGGAAGAUGUUGGCAUGCUUGCUCCACUCGAUUCUUGUCAGCUAUCCGGAAGUCGCUGUUUUCCCCAGGCAGCAGCAGUCUGGGCCAUCGACCGACGAAGACGUCGAGCGUCUUUGGUACGACACGAUUGUCAAUAUUACGGGAGGAUCCUCACCCCGGCGUUUAACACUCAUCCUGGAUGAGGUGGAUCGAUUAGUUGAGAACCACAACCAUCCGCAGUUCGGGCCAGUAUUAAGAGUCCUGUCUGGCGAACCGGACGAUCCAACUAUCCGGUCAGAGCUAGACCCUAACCGGAUCCGAGUAUUGGUAUUUUCCCGUCCUGGCGGCCAUCACAGCGAAGCCCUCAAAAGAUGGUGCAACCAGCGUGUGAAUCAGAUCCCACAGAACGAGACAAAAGGUGACAUCAAAAAGACCGUGGAGAAACGACUAGACAUACUCGCAAGAAUCCACAAACUCCAUGAUCAGGUGAAGGCCGACAUCAGCGAGGAAAUUCGGCAUAUUGCCGGCAACAUGUACAUCGUGGCCCACCUCGCGCUCAUAGAAAUUGCCAACGCCCCAGAAAAGGAAUCAGUUCGUUCACGAAUCCGAAACAGCAUCGCCGGUUUUUAUGACAGCAUCCUAGGCCGCCUAGCCCUUGGCGAUAAAGCUGGUGGCGAGACCAACGAGGUGAACAGAUUUCUGUAUAGUGUUCUGUUCUGGAUGGCCCAUCAAGGUCAUGCCAUGAACGCAGAAGAGCUCCAGAUCGGGCUGGCGAUGUUGUUCAAGGUUGGCUGCCCGGUGGGAUCGAAUUCCUACCAGGGAGUCGUGGACAAGGAGCUGGCCUCGAACCCUAAAACCGGGCACCCCAAUCUGACGCGUGACAUUCUGCUCAAAUGCACACCGCUCGUGAGGCGGCGGUCCGAUGGCUGUUUCGAACUUAUCCACAGGACGUUGAACGACUUCCUUACCACAGCUCCAGAAAUGUUCGAGACGCUGGCGAACCUCAGCCACCACCGACACUACGCUCUUGGCGACGCAAGGGCUGACGAGAUUAUAAGUUCGCUCUGCGUGGACUAUCUGCUGCUGCCGUUCUUCGAGGAUGCUGGAAAAAUGAACCUGCUCCCCAAAGACUGGGUAGACAAGGUAAAGAAGCGAAUGGAUGACAACCUGUUCGUCGCCUACGCGGCCCGACACUGGAUUUACCAUGCCAAGCUCUCAUCGACACCCCUUCAGGUCAACUGGGCCGAAGUCAGCGCGUCUUCCUGCCGGUACCAUCUCCUUGACUUCAGCAAGCAACAUGCCAUCUCUUGGGCUGAGGUGUGGUGGUACUACGUCAAGUGGCCCGAAAAGUGUCACCUUGCAGGUUCAACGCUUCAGGAUCUUGAUAUCACCGAAAGGUUGAGGCGGACGGACCUGAUGCAAGCGGACAAGUUGAAUCUCGCUCGAGGUUUAACAAGACCUCCACCACAAUCUUUACAUCCCAAUGGUUCGACCCUUCUCCUUGAGGGGCCAGGUUCCCUCUCCGAAUUCUCCGGCUCCCUCUCUACCGCUAGUAGAGAGGGUUGA